ACAUUUUCCACUAGAUGCGAAUAAACAUGAAGUAACAAUGCAAAUAAUAAGUGUUAAACAGGUUUUCUUGGACAUUCAAGGUUUAAUUUAAAUGAAAUCUUUAAAUUGUUUGUUCAACAAAGUCUUCAAUUAUCUUCUAAAAAUAUAAUUUUAAUUCUUUGGGUUAAAAUUUUUCUUUUAACACUAAAUCCUGGUGUAAAUAAUUGCGCAAUUAGAUAAUAAACUCCACAAACACUCGAGUUUUAGUAUAAAUAGGAAGUGAGUUUCUUGUUAUGCAGUGCAGUUUUAGUUUUCAUCUUUUAAAGGAAGAAUCAACACAUUAAAAUGAAAUAUUUAACAAUCCUUUUGAUUAUAGCUGUUGCUGUUGCUUUGGUUUAUGCAGAUGAAUGCCAACCGGGGGACACAAAGGCAAUCGAUUGCAAUAGUUGCAAAUGUAUCCAAGGAAGUUGGGCGUGCACCAAGAAAGCUUGCAGGCCAACAAAGAGAGAUACGCAUUGUAACCCUGGAGAAACUUUUAAGAAAGAUUGUAACACCUGUGUUUGCUCUCCUGAUGGCAAAAACGCUGCUUGCACCUUAAAACUUUGUUAAAUUCGAUUUUGUGUUUUAAUUUUUAAUAAAUGUAGAUAAUUUGAUGCAUAAUAACCUUGUUUAUUGUUGGAUGUACAACAUUUGAAGGUAAACGAUGGAAUAGGUGAUCCCAUAUUGCAACAACUAAAAGAAAGAAAUAAAUAUUUGAGAAAUGAAA